GUCCCUGCCUGUUAAGCUGGUUACUAGCUCUUGGAUACUAGCGCCCACGCCGGGUCUCAAGCUUCAUACUUUGCCGUUGCCCAAAUUACAUUACGUGCACCAAUGCUAGCCGGCGUAGCAGCGCUUCGUCGCGCGGCACAAAAUGGGGAGGCUCUGCUAGCUGCAACAUGUGCAACGCGGACAGCGCUUUGGGGCAACAUCGGCCAUGCCUCGCGGUCCUCUAGCACCUCUAGCCGGCCAGAUGUGCACGCCACAACCAUCCUUUGCGUUCGAAAGGACAACAUGGUUGUCAUGAUCGGGGACGGCCAAGUGUCAGUAGGUUCCAUCUGCGUCAAACCAAACGUCCGUAAAGUACGCCGGAUAGGCGAGGGCGUGGUCGCCGGCUUUGCAGGCUCCGCAGCGGACGGGUUAUCGCUGCUUGAGCGGCUGGAGAUGAAGCUGGAGGAGCACCCGGGCCAGCUGCUGCGUGCUGCUGUGGAGUUGGCCAAGCAGUGGCGGCAGGACAAGGCACUCAGGUUCCUGCAGGCUGAGUUGCUGGUUGCCGACGCCAGCACCACCCUCACCGUGUCGGGCAACGGGGAUGUGCUGGAGCCGCAUGACGGGGUCAUGGCGGUGGGCAGCGGCGGCAACUACGCGCUAGCUGCCGCCCGGGCGCUGAUCGACGUGCCGGGCAUGGACGCACUGACGAUCGGCAAGAAGUCCAUGACCAUCGCUGCCGACAUGUGCAUCUACACCAACCACCACUUCACCAUCGAGACCAUCAGCCUCCCCCCGCCCGAGGGCACUCCGGCGGCUGCUGGAGCCGAGGGCGGCAGCAGCAGUGAGGGCAGUGCCAGCAGCAGCAGCGACAGCAGCGGUGGUGCGGGCUACCCUUGAUAUCCUGCCGCUCAUCAUGCCCUGUUCGAACAUGCCGUGCGUUGGAGCCCUGCAUACACAUGGGGGAGACACGGUGUAUUGCAAGCUGCCGUACAAGAGGCAGCGUGCUAGGGGGGAUCACCCUGCCGUACAAGCUAGGGGCGGAUGACACGUGACGCGGCCAUCAUGUGACCUCAUGCGGUCGGGAGUAUCUAACGGUGCGCUUGGGAAAGGUGGUGGUUGGGCGUUGACGUGGAUGCUUGCCGGGGUUGCUUGAGCCCCGGGUAGCUUAGUGUUGCUGCAUAGCUGCGGGGCGUUUCUGUGGUUGCAGCAGCGAUCGGUGUAGGGUUGGGAGCGGCGACGUUUGGAGUCGGGGGGAGCUGCCGGUGUUGCGGCGACCCGGUGAAGGACGUCGAUGUGGGCCCUGUUAGUGGCGGUAGUUGGCGGCCGUUCAGCUAGGGGCGGGGGUAAUGUGGCACCCGCCUCUCGCGAGGUGAUGGUUACCGGGGAGGAGGAUGGACAGGGGAUUACUUGUAUGUAAUGCCU